AUGUCUACUGACACAACAAACAAUAGUACUUCUCAUAAUCAUAAUGCUAGAAUUCUUGAUCUCACUGCUGAUCCUAGCACAGUUUUUUAUAUUCAUCCUUCAGAUACAACUGCACAAUCUUUUGUCUCUGAAAAAUUCGAAGGUGAAAAUUUCAUCAACUGGAAAUCUUCUAUGAUCAUAGGUCUCUCCACUAAAAAUAAAAUGUGUUUUGUGGAUGGCUCUCAACCUCAGCCAUCACCAACUGAUCCAACAUAUCAGGCAUGGAUCAGAUGUAAUGAUAUAGUCAGAGGUUGGAUUCUGAAAUCUUUAGGUCCAGUUAUAGCCAAGAGUGUUUUCUUCUUCAAGACAGCUAAAGAAAUGUGGCAAAAUAUGGAAGAAAGAUAUGGACAAACUAGUUCAACACAACUAUUUGCUAUUCAAGAAGAGAUAGCCACAAUAUAG